AGACGCGCUUGAUGCUGCCAGUGUGCUUUACAAUCGAGUUGAUGAGGGCGUUCACCGGCUGGUGAUGCUGUCCAACAAACACAUCCAGGAACUGGAGCUGGUGAUGGAGUUUGAGAAAGUGGAAGAAUGUUUUAAGGAGGUCAGCAGUUGGAUUGAGAAUGUUGGCAGAAAGCGGCUAAAGGAGAUGACCAACCUGGAUGAUUCUUUGGAGAUGCUGCUUCAAGCGCAAAAGCAGUUUAGGGAGUUUGAUCUUACUGCCAGUGAGUAUUGCAGAAGGGGUCAGGAAGCCCUGAAGAAGAUGGAUCGAUGGGAAGACUUUUCCUCUGUGGAUGUACAUUUGUACAGGGUAAAGCUGCAAACCUACAAAGAUCAACUGGAAGAGUUCUGCACUGAACUGGAUGAAAACAGGCAUCGAAUCUGUGAGACGGUCAGGCUGUAUGAAUUCUUUGACAAGGCGUACGAGUGGGCCUUGGAAGGGAUGCGACACCUUGCCUGCAUCAGCAUGGAGGAGUGCAGCUCUGCUGAACACUGCGCGGGGGUCAUCAAGUGCCUGGAGAGUUACAGAGGGCAGCACCCGGACAUCAGUGGUGUGCGGUUCCAGGAGAUGAAGGACCUGGCCUGUGAGCUGAAGAGUGACAAGGGACUCAAGCAGUGGAAAUUUGCUUGGUCCAAAUGCCAGGAGACCAAGCUGGUUUUUGAAAAGAAGCUCGAAGCAGCCUUGAGAACAAGGAAAUCUCUGCUCUCGGACCACAAGCCAGCUGCGGGGGAGCAGCCCGGGGCCGGCAGUGAGGGUGGCAGUCUGACCCACCGCAGGCACUCCGAGGGGACCACCCCUGGGUCCCACUGGGACAGGUCUUGCAGCACGUCCCAGUGCUACAAUAGGCCCAACUGUGCUCUGGGGUGGACAAAGGAGAAAGCUCCCUUGCCCUCCCUGAGCUGUCCUGCCGAUGUCAGCGCUGGGGAAGAGUCUGUCGGACAAGCUGCUCUCAGCCCUGGUCCUCACUUGAGCAGAACUUCUUUUGCCAGUGGAGCCUCCAAGUCUCCAAAGCUGCCUGAAGAAAAGCCAAACCUGGAGAGAAUACUAGAAACUCUGGAGGUGAAGCCAUCCUGCACAUCCACUCCUGCCUCUGGGAAGCUGCCUCCCAGGAGGAUGCUCCGGAAGGCCCAAAGCUUUGACCUCCCCUGUGGCGAGAGCCUGUGGUCAGGCUGCCAGAGGACGCUGAGCGAGCCGGCUAGAUACGGCAACACUGGCGUCUUUAUUAAGGGGCUGGAGGUGAGUAGUACGGAGCUGGUGGACAGGACUUUCGCGCUGCGGCAGCAAGCCACUCACAGCUGGGCUGCGGACUGCCUGCUGGAGGGACACAGGGGCUGCCUCUCCGUCUCGGAAGCCAAGAGCUGGGGCAGCAAGCUGCGGCACAUCAUUGAUGAGAUGGUGACCACGGAGCGGGAAUAUGUGAGGUCGCUUUGCUACAUCAUUGAGAGCUACUUCCCUGAGAUGGAGCGCCUCGACCUCCCCCAGGACCUGCGUGGGAAGCGCAGUGUCAUUUUUGGGAACCUGGAGAAACUCUAUGACUUCCACAGCCAGUACUUCCUGCGAGAGCUCGAGAGCUGCUGCAACCACCCGCUGCGGGUCAGCCACUGCUUCCUCCGACAUAAGGACCAGUUUGGGAUGUACGCAUUGUACAGCAAGAACAAGCCAAAGUCAGACUCGCUGCUGGCCAGCCAUGGGAAUACCUUCUUCAAGUUCAAGCAGGUGCAGCUUGGGGAUAAGAUGGACCUGGCCUCCUACCUGUUGAAACCCAUCCAGCGGAUGAGUAAAUACGCCCUGCUCCUGAAGGACCUGAUCAAGGAGUGCAGCGAGGCGCAAGAGCAGGAGCUGGGCUACCUCCGUGCAGCUGAGGAGAUGGUGAAGUUUCAGCUCCGGCACGGAAAUGACCUGCUAGCCAUGGAUGCCAUCCGUGACUGUGACGUGAACCUGAAGGAGCAGGGGCAGCUGGUGCGGCAGGACGAGUUCACCAUCUGGCUGGGCCGUAGGAAGUGCCAGCGACAUGUCUUCCUCUUUGAGGACCUGAUCCUGUUCAGCAAGCCCAAGAGGAUCGAGGGAGGCUUUGAUGUGUACAUCUACAAACGCUCCUUCAAGACUGCAGACAUCGGUCUGACGGAGAACUCCGGGGAUAGUGGCCUGCGCUUUGAGAUCUGGUUCCGAAGGCGGAAGUCCAGCGACACCUACAUACUCCAGGCCAGCUCAGCUGAGACUAAGCAGGCCUGGACGCGUGACAUUGCCAAGAUCCUGUGGCAGCAGGCAGCCCGCAAUAAAGAAAUCCGUAUGCAGGAGAUGGUCUCCAUGGGUGUGGGCAACAAGCCAUUCCUGGAUAUCAAACCCAGUGAGGCGGCUAUCAAUGACCGUGCUAUCGAUUACAUCAUGAAGGGCAGAGGUGCCAGGACCAGAGCAUCAAUUGCAGUGUCUCUGUUUGACCAUUCCAACCCGUACAAGAGGACACAGGUGCAGCUCUCUGCCGGCAGCACCCCCACUGCAUACAGCCCUUCCUCCUCCUCCUCCCUGCUGGGGCCCCUCAAUCUCCACAUGUACCUGGACCAGGCUUUGCUGCCAGGCGUCCUGGCCCCCAGCCGCCCCUUUGACAUCAGCACCUGCAUCGAGGAGGAUGAGCUGGAGCAUGAGACGAGCAGCCAUGAGCUGGAGCAUGAGAUGAGCAGCCAGCCGUCACUGACGACAGAGAGCUCGGAGUCAUCACACUGCAUGUCGGGCAGCGGCUGCUCUGACAGUGGCUGUGUCUCCAGCAUCCCACAAGAAAGCUUCUGUGAAGACGUGGGCUCCCCCCCCUACAUGCCCAUGGGUUCCCAGCACGGCUCUGCGGUGGAGGAGAAGCCGCGGUUCACAAACAGCCAGUACAUUUCUGCAGUAAGUGCGGGCAGCCAGAACACUCUCUUCACUUUGCCUCUUCCUGUGACUGCCUACCCGGUUCAAGCCACUGCCUCUCACGGGGGGACUGAAGAUGCUGCUUUUGGGCUAGGAGUCACUGUGGGGAAGUGA